AUGUCUGAGGAAAAUAAAACUGUAUCUGAUCCUUCACAGGAUCGUAUUCAAACAAUGGUGGACGCAUCUGUGUCCAAAUCGGUUCAAGCAGCGAUUGUCACCUUACAAGACACAAUCACAAAAUCCAUGAACCUGGUUUUGGCACGGGUUAAAGGACCUGGAAAGUCCAAAUCAAAGAGACGACAUUUGUCUGUUGAUCCUUAUUCCAAACCUACUAGAUACACUUUAGAAUCUCAUACCCCCUCCAAAUCACAGGCAAAUGACUCCGUCCCUAUAAGGGGAAUUAACCAGUCAGAUAAUACUUCUUCCACCCUAGAAGAGGCUCACUCCUCUAAACGGAAAAAAGUGGACUUUAGAUCCAAACCAGACUCCUUUAGAGAGUCCUCAUCUGAAGAUUCUGAUCACUCAGACAUUGAGGAUGUGGACGAUAUUUUAUAUAUCUCUGAGGAAGGUGGCUCAGACCAUGACGACCCUGCUCUGCAGGACGACACCAAAACAGGUGAUUCUAAUGACCCCUUUUUCGAUCCCUCAUUGAUUUAUCACCCUCGGUCAGGGGAAUUGUUACCUGAACCUAAGGUAGCUGAAUAUCUGGCUAUGUGGGUAUUUAAAUCUCUGGACAAGGCUUCUAGGAGCAAAUUAAAGUCAGAGUGCCCCCGCCCAUCUCUCCCGCAUAAUUCUUCGGCCACCCCCGAGUUGGACCCUUUACUCAAUAAAUUUUUAUUUAAGACGGGAAAGAAUCCAAAGAAAGGGAUCGACCGCAGCUUCAAGGCUUGCCAGGACAAACUUAUGGACCUGCUAGGUCCAUUAACCAAAAUUCUCAAUUUGGCAGAACUGGCUUCUAACUCAAAUACUUCGGUGGAUACCGAAACUCUGAAGGGAUGGGCUCAAAGAGCCAUAUGCUUAUUCGGCAAUGCCAAUGCCGCUCUCUCUACAGAGAGAAAGAGGUCUAUUCUAAUGAAAAUAGACCCGCAGUUGACCAAUUUGGCCUCUACGGAGCCACCUAAUCCUACUAAAGGAUUACUCUUUGGAGACGAGUUCAUAAAAGAAAUGAACAAAUACGUGGGCCUGUUUUCGUCUUUAAGUAAGGCACAGGUCUCUAUGAAGAAGGUCUUCUCUCAGAAGAUUUUUGGAAAGGCUGGAAGAGGCAGGGGCCGCUCUUCCAGCCGCUCAACUCAGUAUAGACCCCAAUAUAGAACCACAUAUAACCCACCACAACCCUCCUUCACUACACCCACCCCGACACCAUUCUUCCCAUACAGGGGCAGACCUUGGCGCGCACGAGGACAACGGGGUUACCCACGAUCCAGACCAUCUUCAGUGCAACAAUAACCCAUCAGUAUUCUUCAUCUGCAACCUCUUCGUAUGGUGGAUUUG